CCUCCCGCCUGCCUCCUGAAUCAGUGCAGCUGUUGCUGUGUGGGCUGCGGAUUCCUCCAGUCCCUCCCUUCCCUUCAUCUCCUCCGGGAGCGCAGCGCUGCACUGCUCGGCGCCCGGUCCUGUCCAGUGAGCCCCGACCCCCACGGCGGCUGCCAGCACCGACGAGCCGCCUCUUACCCCACCCCGCUGCCCAGGAGGAGGACGGGACCCCGGCGCCCACCCCACCCCCACCCUCUCCAUCUCCCCAAAUCCCGAAGAGACCUUUGUAAGAAGAAUCUGAUGCUUAAGGGCGGUUGAGAAGGUUCAAUAUGACUACCACAGUAGCCACAGACUAUGACAACAUUGAGAUCCAACAACAAUACAGCGAUGUCAAUAACCGUUGGGAUGUCGACGACUGGGACAACGAAAAUAGUUCAGCAAGACUAUUUGAGCGCUCUCGUAUCAAGGCUCUAGCAGAUGAACGUGAGGCUGUACAAAAGAAGACUUUUACCAAGUGGGUGAAUUCACACCUUGCCCGUGUGUCCUGUCGAAUCACAGAUUUGUACACUGAUCUUCGAGAUGGACGAAUGCUCAUCAAACUGCUCGAGGUUCUCUCUGGAGAGAGACUUCCCAAGCCAACAAAAGGAAGAAUGCGCAUCCAUUGUCUGGAGAAUGUGGAUAAAGCCCUUCAGUUUCUGAAAGAACAGAGAGUUCAUCUUGAAAACAUGGGAUCCCAUGACAUUGUGGAUGGGAAUCAUCGCCUGACUCUUGGUCUUAUCUGGACCAUCAUCUUGAGGUUCCAGAUUCAAGAUAUCAGUGUGGAGACUGAAGACAACAAAGAGAAAAAAUCUGCCAAAGACGCAUUGCUGUUGUGGUGCCAGAUGAAAACAGCUGGAUAUCCCAAUGUCAACAUUCACAACUUUACUACUAGCUGGAGAGAUGGCAUGGCUUUUAAUGCACUUAUACACAAACACCGACCUGACCUGAUUGAUUUUGACAAACUGAAGAAAUCCAAUGCACAUUACAAUCUUCAGAAUGCUUUUAACCUGGCAGAGCAGCAUCUGGGUCUCACCAAACUCCUGGAUCCAGAGGAUAUCAGUGUGGACCAUCCUGAUGAGAAAUCCAUUAUUACUUAUGUGGUGACAUAUUACCACUACUUUUCAAAGAUGAAGGCCUUAGCCGUUGAAGGAAAACGCAUUGGGAAGGUGCUUGACAAUGCCAUUGAAACGGAGAAAAUGAUCGAGAAAUAUGAAUCACUAGCCUCAGACCUCUUGGAGUGGAUUGAACAAACCAUCAUUAUAUUGAACAAUCGAAAAUUUGCCAACUCCCUCGUGGGAGUCCAACAGCAGCUACAGGCAUUCAACACUUACCGCACCGUGGAGAAACCACCCAAAUUCACAGAAAAAGGAAAUUUGGAAGUACUUCUUUUCACCAUCCAAAGUAAAAUGAGAGCCAAUAAUCAAAAAGUAUAUAUGCCUCGGGAGGGAAAGCUCAUCUCAGAUAUUAAUAAGGCCUGGGAACGACUGGAAAAAGCUGAACAUGAAAGAGAACUGGCACUGCGGAAUGAGCUCAUAAGACAAGAGAAACUGGAACAACUUGCUCGGAGAUUUGAUCGCAAGGCAGCUAUGAGGGAGACAUGGCUCAGUGAAAAUCAACGCCUGGUUUCUCAGGACAACUUUGGGUUUGACCUUCCAGCUGUGGAAGCUGCCACUAAAAAACAUGAGGCUAUUGAAACAGACAUUGCUGCCUAUGAGGAACGUGUCCAGGCUGUGGUAGCUGUAGCCAAAGAGCUGGAAGCUGAGAAUUACCAUGACAUCAAACGUAUCACGGCAAGGAAGGACAAUGUCAUCCGCUUAUGGGAGUACCUGCUGGAGCUGCUCAGAGCACGAAGGCAGCGUCUUGAGAUGAACUUGGGACUUCAGAAGAUAUUCCAGGAAAUGCUUUACAUUAUGGAUUGGAUGGAUGAAAUGAAGGUGCUACUCUUGUCUCAAGACUAUGGCAAACAUUUGUUAGGUGUGGAAGACUUAUUGCAAAAACAUGCUUUGGUUGAAGCUGACAUUGGUAUCCAGGCAGAAAGGGUGAGGGGUGUGAAUGCCUCUGCUCAGAAGUUUGCUACAGAUGGUGAAGGUUAUAAACCUUGCGACCCACAAGUCAUCCGAGACAGAGUAGCCCACAUGGAGUUUUGUUACCAAGAACUUUGCCAGUUGGCGGCUGAACGACGAGCUCGCCUCGAGGAAUCUCGCCGCCUGUGGAAGUUCUUCUGGGAAAUGGCAGAAGAGGAAGGUUGGAUAAGAGAGAAAGAGAAGAUCCUCUCCUCCGACGACUACGGGAAAGACCUGACCAGUGUUGUCCGCCUGCUCAGCAAGCACAAGGCAUUUGAGGAUGAGAUGAGCGGACGCAGUGGCCACUUCGAGCAGGCCAUCAAGGAAGGCGAAGACAUGAUCACUGAAGAGCACUUUGGUUCUGAGAAAAUCCGAGAAAGAAUCAUUUACAUCCGCGAGCAGUGGGCAAACCUGGAACAACUUUCGGCCAUUCGGAAGAAGCGCCUGGAGGAAGCCUCUCUUCUCCAUCAGUUCCAGGCAGAUGCCGAUGACAUCGAUGCUUGGAUGUUGGAUAUCCUCAAGAUCGUCUCCAGCAGCGACGUGGGCCACGACGAGUACUCCACACAGUCCUUGGUCAAGAAGCAUAAGGAUGUGGCUGAGGAGAUUGCCAACUACAGACCCACCAUUGACACCUUGCACGAGCAGGCCAGCGCCCUGCCCCAAGAGCACGCCGAGUCUCCAGAUGUUCGAGGCCGCUUGUCUGGAAUUGAAGAGCGGUACAAAGAAGUGGCGGAGCUCACGCGGCUCCGGAAGCAGGCGCUCCAGGACACCCUCGCCCUCUACAAGAUGUUCAGCGAGGCGGACGCCUGCGAGCUGUGGAUCGACGAAAAGGAGCAGUGGCUGAACAACAUGCAGAUCCCAGAGAAGCUGGAGGACCUGGAGGUGAUCCAGCACAGAUUUGAAAGCUUGGAACCUGAAAUGAACAACCAGGCGUCACGGGUUGCAGUGGUGAACCAGAUCGCGCGGCAGCUGAUGCACAGUGGCCAUCCGAGUGAGAAGGACAUUAAGGCCCAGCAGGACAAACUCAACACAAGGUGGAGCCAGUUCAGAGAACUAGUAGAUAGGAAGAAAGAUGCCCUCCUGUCAGCCUUAAGUAUCCAGAACUACCAUCUUGAGUGCAAUGAAACCAAAUCCUGGAUAAGGGAAAAGACCAAAGUGAUUGAAUCCACUCAGGACCUAGGCAAUGACCUGGCAGGAGUUAUGGCUCUGCAGAGAAAGCUGACCGGCAUGGAGCGAGACUUAGUGGCCAUCGAGGCGAAGCUGAGUGACCUGCAGAAAGAGGCAGAGAAACUAGAGUCUGAGCAUCCGGAUCAGGCCCAAGCCAUCUUGUCAAGGCUGGCCGAGAUCAGCGACGUGUGGGAGGAGAUGAAGACCACCCUGAAGAACCGAGAGGCUUCCUUGGGAGAAGCCAGCAAGCUGCAGCAGUUCCUGCGGGACCUGGAUGACUUCCAGUCGUGGCUGUCCAGAACCCAGACGGCGAUCGCCUCAGAAGAUAUGCCGAACACCCUGGCAGAAGCCGAGAAGCUGCUCACACAGCACGAGAACAUCAAGAACGAAAUCGACAACUAUGAGGAAGACUACCAGAAGAUGAGGGACAUGGGCGAGAUGGUGACCCAGGGCCAGACGGAUGCUCAGUACAUGUUCCUUCGGCAGCGUCUGCAGGCUUUGGACACCGGAUGGAACGAGCUUCACAAAAUGUGGGAAAACAGGCAAAACCUCCUGUCCCAGUCCCAUGCAUACCAGCUAUUCCUUAGGGAUACAAAGCAAGCAGAAGCAUUUCUUAAUAACCAGGAGUAUGUUUUGGCUCACACUGAAAUGCCCACCACCUUGGAGGCUGCAGAAGCAGCAAUUAAAAAGCAAGAAGAUUUCAUGACCACAAUGGAUGCCAAUGAGGAAAAGAUCAAUGCAGUUGUAGAGACAGGCCGGAGACUGGUCAGUGAUGGGAACAUCAAUUCAGACAAGAUCCAGGAGAAGGUGGACUCGAUUGAUGAUAGACACAGAAAGAAUCGUGAGGCAGCCAGUGAGCUUCUGAUGAGACUAAAAGACAACAGGGAUCUUCAGAAAUUCCUGCAAGAUUGUCAAGAGCUUUCCCUUUGGAUCAAUGAGAAGAUGCUCACAGCCCAGGAUAUGUCUUAUGAUGAAGCCAGAAAUCUGCACAGCAAAUGGCUGAAGCACCAAGCUUUUAUGGCAGAACUUGCAUCUAACAAAGAAUGGCUUGACAAAAUUGAAAAGGCAGGUAUGCAGCUCAUUGCAGAGAAACCAGAGACAGAAGCCGUAGUAAAGGAGAAACUCACAGGUUUACAUAAAAUGUGGGAAGUCCUCGAAUCCACUACCCAGACCAAGGCCCAGCGGCUCUUUGAUGCUAACAAGGCUGAACUUUUCACCCAGAGCUGUGCUGAUUUAGACAAAUGGCUGAAUGGCUUAGAGAGCCAGAUUCAAUCAGAUGACUAUGGCAAAGAUCUUACCAGCGUCAACAUUCUGCUCAAAAAACAACAGAUACUUGAGAAUCAAAUGGAUGUACGGAAGAAGGAGAUUGAGGAGCUCCAGAGCCAGGCCCAAGCUUUAAGUCAGGAAGGGAAGAGCACAGAUGAGGUUGAUAGUAAACGUCUUAUCGUGCAAACGAAAUUUAUGGAAUUGCUGGAACCCCUGAAUGAGAGGAAGAGUAAUCUGCUAGCCUCCAAGGAAAUCCAUCAGUUUAACAGGGAUGUGGAGGAUGAGAUUUUGUGGGUUGGUGAGCGAAUGCCCAUAGCAACUUCCACGGAUCAUGGCCAUAAUCUGCAGACGGUGCAGCUGUUAAUAAAGAAAAAUCAGACCCUCCAGAAGGAAAUCCAGGGACACCAGCCUCGCAUCGAUGACAUUUUUGAGAGGAGCCAAAACAUUCUCACUGACAGUAGUAGCCUUAAUGCCGAAGCAAUUAGGCAGAGGCUUACAGACUUAAAGCAGCUAUGGAGCCUUCUCAUUGAAGAGACGGAGAAACGCCACAGAAGGCUGGAAGAAUCCCACAAAGCCCAGCAGUAUUACUUCGAUGCUGCAGAGGCUGAGGCCUGGAUGAGUGAACAGGAACUCUAUAUGAUGUCAGAAGAGAAAGCCAAGGAUGAACAGAGUGCAGUUUCCAUGCUGAAGAAGCACCAGAUUUUGGAACAAGCAGUAGAAGAUUAUGCUGAAACAGUGCAUCAGCUCUCCAAGACCAGCCGGGCUCUUGUAGCUGACAAUCACCCAGAGAGUGAACGCAUUAGUAUGCGACAGUCCAAAGUUGAUAAGCUGUAUGCAGGUCUGAAGGACCUUGCUGAAGAGAGAAGAGGAAAACUAGAUGAGAGACACAGGCUUUUCCAGCUUAACCGAGAGGUGGAUGAUUUGGAGCAGUGGAUUGCUGAAAGGGAAGUGGUGGCAGGAUCCCAUGAGCUAGGCCAGGAUUACGAACAUGUCACAAUGUUACAAGAGCGAUUCCGAGAAUUUGCACGAGAUACUGGAAACAUUGGACAGGAACGUGUGGACACAGUUAAUCACAUGGCAGAUGACCUCAUCAACUCCGGACAUUCUGAUGCUGCCACAAUUGCUGAAUGGAAAGAUGGUCUCAAUGAGGCCUGGGCUGACCUCCUUGAGCUCAUUGACACAAGAACACAGAUUCUUGCUGCUUCUUACGAACUGCACAAAUUUUACCACGAUGCCAAGGAGAUCUUCGGACGUAUACAGGACAAACACAAGAAGCUGCCCGAGGAACUUGGAAGAGACCAGAACACAGUAGAGACAUUACAGAGAAUGCAUACGACAUUUGAACAUGACAUCCAGGCUCUAGGCACUCAGGUACGGCAGCUCCAAGAGGACGCUGCCCGCCUUCAGGCAGCCUAUGCUGGAGACAAGGCCGAUGACAUUCAGAAGAGGGAAAAUGAGGUCUUAGAAGCCUGGAAAGCUCUCUUGGAUGCUUGCGAAGGACGCAGGGUGAGGCUGGUUGAUACAGGAGACAAGUUCCGUUUCUUCAGCAUGGUGCGUGAUCUCAUGCUUUGGAUGGAAGAUGUAAUUCGGCAGAUUGAAGCUCAGGAAAAGCCAAGGGAUGUGUCAUCAGUUGAAUUAUUAAUGAAUAACCAUCAGGGUAUCAAAGCAGAAAUUGAUGCCCGCAAUGACAGCUUCACUACUUGCAUUGAGCUUGGGAAAUCUCUAUUGGCAAGGAAACACUAUGCAUCAGAGGAGAUCAAAGAAAAGUUAUUGCAGUUGACUGAAAAGAGAAAAGAAAUGAUUGACAAGUGGGAAGACCGAUGGGAAUGGCUAAGACUGAUUUUGGAGGUACAUCAGUUCUCAAGGGAUGCCAGUGUGGCUGAGGCCUGGCUGCUGGGACAAGAACCAUACCUUUCCAGUCGGGAGAUAGGCCAAAGUGUGGACGAGGUGGAGAAACUCAUCAAACGCCAUGAGGCAUUCGAAAAGUCAGCAGCUACAUGGGAUGAGAGAUUCUCUGCAUUAGAAAGGUUGACAACAUUGGAAUUAUUGGAAGUGCGCAGACAGCAAGAGGAAGAAGAGAGGAAGAGGCAACCUCCGUCUCCAGAGCCCAGAACGAAAGUUUCAGAGGAUACAGAGUCACAGCAGUGGGAUGCUUCCAAAGGAGAACAAGUUUCCCAAAAUGGUUUGCCUGCUGAACAGGGAUCUCCACGGAUGGCAGAAACUAUGGAAACGAGGGAAAUGGUCAAUGGAGCUACAGAGCAGAGAACGAGCUCAAAGGAAUCCAGCCCUAUCCCCUCCCCGACUUCAGAUCGCAAAGCCAAGACUUCCAUUCAGGCACAAACAGCGGCCACUUUGCCAGCCAAAACCCAGGAGACCCCGUCAGCUCAGAUGGAAGGCUUCUUGAAUCGGAAGCAUGAAUGGGAGGCUCACAAUAAGAAAGCUUCAAGCAGGUCGUGGCAUAAUGUCUACUGUGUGAUUAAUAAUCAAGAGAUGGGCUUCUACAAAGACUCAAAGGCUGCAAGUUCUGGUAUUCCCUACCACAGUGAGAUUCCUGUGAGUUUGAAAGAAGCAUCCUGUGAAGUAGCAGUUGACUACAAGAAGAAAAAACAUGUGUUCAAACUAAGACUAAAUGAUGGCAAUGAGUAUCUCUUCCAAGCCAAAGAUGAUGAGGAAAUGAAUUCGUGGAUUCAGGCCAUCACUUCCGCCAUCUCCUCUGACAAAGGUGAAAUCUCCGCCAGCACCCAGAGCACUCCAGCCUCCAGCCGAGCCCAGACCUUGCCGGCCAGUGUUACAAUCACCAGCGAAUCUAGUCCUGGCAAGCGUGAGAAAGACAAAGAGAAAGAUAAAGAGAAACGGUUUAGCCUUUUUGGAAAAAAGAAAUGAACUCCCACUUCUACAUCCUGUACUUCUCUUACCUUUUCAGUGAAAUUCCAGCAUGCAAGCUCAGAACCAAUACAUUGCUCUCUGUGCCUAAUGUUCCUCAAUGUGAUUGAAUUUUUUUUUAUUUAUAGAGAAUUUCUGAAAAAAAAAACAAAACAAAAUUCCUUUCAGGUUAUAAAAGUAAUGAGGCACAUUGGGCAGUUUCCUUUUAUGAGAGGAAAGACCAUGUUUUUUUUUUUAAAUAAAGUUAAUAUAGAUUAGAUCUUAAUAUUUAAACUGUUCCUCAAUUUUGUGAGGCUGUCUUGGAAAUAACCCCCCCCAGUGCUAUUGGUAUGCAAGGCAGCGGUGCUUUCAAAACAGAAUUUAUUGUGCACACCAGAGACAGACGUACCGAUUUUCUGACACAUUCACUUCCAUUUACUUAAUGGUGGCUAUCUUGAGUCUUGACUAUUAGAAACUCCCCUAUGAUGGCUCUAACCUUUAUGAAACAGAUAGUGUGUAUUAUUAUAUCAGCUGUAACAAGAGUACAACUCUACAUUAACUUUGCAGACCAAACCACCUGUAUCCCGGCAUCACUUACUAACACUUACAUGUGGCUUUUCUGCAUCCAAGUGUGUACAAGAAGGAUGUCGGUGUACAAGAAGGAAUAGCAAACUGAUGAUAACUGUUUUAAAUAAUCUGUAAUUUCAAUUUUUUUUUUGCUGAAAUACAUUAUAUUGUAUGUUUGAGAUAAUUCUAGUACAAAGUAUAAUAAAAAUUAGAUGUAUAAUAAACCCUUUAAAUCAUUGAUAAGUGUAAAAGUGAAACUGAAGCAUUUACUGGACAAAGUCAUGUUACUGAACUGGUUACUUGCUUGUGAGCUGCGGCACUGUGUUAUAAUUUUGCUACAUUAUCUUGCUAUUUGAUACAUAGUGUGCAUUUCUCUGUCACUGUAACUAUUGUAAUGACAAGAUUUCAUCUUACUGCACAAUCAAAAUGACAUUUAAUAGGAAUGAACUUUGAGACUGGGCCUGUCUCAGGCCAGAAUGGUCUUGGGCCUGGCAUUCAGAUGUUUGACCUGUACCUCUCAGUUUUACCCUAUCUGUUAAAUAUAUGCUAUGUCAUUAAAUGCUUUUAAAACUAA